AUUAUUUGGAAACAAAAUAAAACAUAGUUUAGGCCUACUGUUUGAUUCUCCUAAAACAAAUAGGGGUCCGUUUAAAAAAAAAAUGCUGCCCUGAAUUCCAUGUAUUCGCUGGAAGUACACAUUUCCUUGUUCAUACAUGCUUUGGCUUUAGCGACGAUGUUAUGUAAAUUUAUCCCAUUGCCAGCAGGAGCUGCCGUCACUAAAUGUCAGUAAAGGCUAAGGUCUAAGGUCAAAGAAAAAUGGAUUUAAUCAGGUAUUGGAUAUAUCUUGCUAUCAGCCAUCUGCUCCACACAUUCAUAUUAUGUAUAGUGGAUAUGAAUCCACAAGAAUUGCAAUAUGUCUCGGAUCAUCUAACAAAUAAGAAAUGUAAUGAACUUAUGCAGGCGCUGCAACAAAAAGGAUUUGAGGUAACGUGUGUAAAUUAAUUAUUAAUCACUCAUGACUUGAAUGACUUGAACCACUUUUGUUUCUUUUUAUUUUUAAAAUUAAUAAUAUAUUAUUAAUCAAAGAAAAUGAAUAUUGGCAUGGGAAUAUUAUUAUCAAAAAAAGUCACAAUGCAGAAUUAUGUUUUAAGAAAGUGCGGCCAAAGCAAAGAGAUAGCGCCAAUGACUGAUCACCAUGUGCAAAUAUAAUUUGAUCAUUGUCAGUAUUUUUGUUUGGUUUUUUUAAUAUUUGUCAUUUAUUAGAUUAUUUCUUUUAUAAGUUAUAGGCCUGCUUUUCAAAAUUAAGCCUGCACAAUGUGACAAAUCAUAUGGGACUGUAUUCAGUCCAUUCUGAAAGGAAGCCACCAACAAAUUUUAAGUAAUUAAAACUUAAUGAGUAAUUAUUAUACUUUUGAUAAUAGUCAUCUUAAAAAUAUAUUAACAUCAUAUUAUUAUAUUCCAUCAGGCCACUUCUUGCUACCUAGACUCUUGGUCAUGAAGAAGAAUAAAAAAAAACUUUCAAAGGAAAUCAUUUCAUUUUUUAUUACUAUUUUAAACUAUUUAAAUUUAUUUUACAAAAAACAAUUAGAGACUUAAAGACACUUAAGUACAAGGCUCCCAGACAUUGUUCAAGUGGCUGUAAGUGUAUGGCUACUGGUCCUUGGCCAAUCCAUUCUUUGCUGUAGGGAAUUUAUUCUUUCUUUUUACUUUGCUGUCAUCACUCCUUACUUAAACAGGCUAAAUUGUAGCAUAAAAGAAGAAAUAUUAAAUACACUACACCUAUUCUAUCGACCUCCACCACAUUAUCUUAAAAAUUUUUUAACAUAGCUUCAUAGAGAAAAGUUUCGAAAACCUGAUCUGAAACAAAAAAUGCCACCUUGCCUUGUGAGGCUUCGUGAGUGGAGCCUUGGCCCAGGACAUAACAUGACUUUUGAAUUUCUGGCCCUGAGAUUAAAGGAGAUAGGCUUAGAAAAGGUACGAUAUAUAGGCUUAGAAAAGAUAGAUACCCGCCAAGAAAAAUAGUGGUAGGCUUAGAAUUAGACAAGGUAAGAUACCAACCAAAAAUAUUUAAUUCAUACUGCAAAUACACAGCCUGAGAAAUCACAGUUCCAAUCGUUAGCCUGACAAUGUUUUAUUGAAUAUUUAUUUUAAUUAGCUUAUAAUAAUAAUAACAUUUUCAAUUACCAGUAAUAUUAAAAUACAUUUAAAAUAAAUAUGUUUUUUUUACAUUUUUUAAAGGCUGAAUAUGUGGUCUUAAAUAUUUCUCUCAGAUAAAAUAGCUGAAUGUAUUAUUCUGUUAUUUUUCUCAGCAAUUAAAAUUUAAAAAGGAUUUAUAAAUGUGACCCGCAAAAAUUUAUGUAAUUUUCCAGACAAACACAUUUGUAGAUUUUUUUAAUCUGUUUAGAAAACGUCCCCAGGUGGCUGAUACUUUGUCUCGCUCUGUGCUAGGGGAAACGGUGUUGGAGUUACAUCAGUUUUUCUUGGAUGACCCAUUCAAAGAGAUGAUACCUACACAGAACCUGAUGUUGGACAAAAGUGAAGAAACAACCAAGGUGGGCUUUGAUUGUUAGAUCUCACAAUGUCAUGUUUAGUUAAGUAUUGUUCGUACCGCUUUAUUGUGCAGAGAAUUUAAAUAUCUUAUUUUACUCUAUGGACGAUACCAUUAAUUAGAAACAGUAAUAAAGAAAGUAUACCCACACUAGGGCUAAUUACAAUUAAUUAAGUUAACUUUACUAUAUAAAAUCAAAUAGAAUAAAAUUAAGGCUAUUGACCUUAAGUACAUUAAUAAACUUGUACCAGUACAAUGUUGAAGAGGGUGAACACACCCACAGAGGAUAUUAAUAUACAAAUCUUUGUCUCGUAUCAUAAAAGCAAAACUAUCUUGUAAUAGUUCAAUCUCUCUAUUAGCUCAUAACUUUUUAUGUCGAUGGGCGUAUUUAGUCUUUUUUGCCCGAGGCAAUCAUUUUUUUAAAUCUUUGAUUAAACAUAAAAUAUUUAAAAUAUAUAAUACCUUGUGUAUAAGAAAAUCACCUUGAGAUCUUAUGAAAAUGUAAAUAUAUAUGAAAUAUUUCUUUGGCUUGACAUCAUGUAUUUCUGGACAUUCUGAUUUUGUGCAAACAACCAUAUUUUAUAUUUACAGUUGAUUCCUGUGGUGGAUGGUGAGGACAAAGACGAAAAGCUGUUUGUGACAAUUAUUAUACUGACUGUCAUAUGUCUUACACUCUGCAUGUCUUUGAGUGUCUGCUUGGUUUGUCCAAGACUGGGACACUUUGUAUGUGAUAAGGCAUGUCCGUCCAUGUGCACUGUUAUUUUUGAUAUUAUCAUUGACGGGUGUCUGCAGUGUUGGUACAGUUCCAGGAAAAGCAUGGAUAAAUAUUUGUUGCAGGCACCUAAAGGCGGUGGGGGGCUAAUGGUAUGAAAGCGUGACAUAAAUAACAAGAAACUGCUGCCC